AUGGCUUCGUUCAUCACCACCAUCAAUGCUCGCACACGCGCCCCUUUCAAGCCCCGCUCGGCCGCCAAGGGCACAAGCAGUUAUCAGCUACGACAGUUCGCCGAGGCCACACUUGGAAGCGGUAGCUUGCGCAAGGCUGUAAAGCUGCCCGAAGGCGAAGAUCAGAAUGAAUGGCUCGCCGUCAACAUUGUCGACUUUUACAACCAGAUCAACCUUCUCUACGGCUCAAUAACUGAGUUUUGCUCACCGCAGACAUGUCCCGAGAUGAAGGCUACAGAUGAGUUCGAGUACCUCUGGCAAGACUCGGAGAAUUUCAAGCGGCCAACCAAGAUGUCUGCCCCGGAAUAUAUUGAGCACUUGAUGGCCUGGGUUCAGAGCAACGUCGACAACGAACAAAUGUUCCCUAGCCGGAUCGGUGUCCCAUUCCCCAAGACGUUCCCCAGUCUUCUCCGCCAGAUCUUCAAGCGUCUAUACCGUGUCUACGCUCACAUCUACUGCCACCAUUAUCCAGUGGUAGUGCACCUCGGCCUCGAGCCUCACCUCAACACCAGCUUCAAGCACUAUGUCUUGUUCAUUGAUGAGCACAAGCUGGCCAGUGGGAAGGACUUCUGGGGACCACUGGGUGAUUUGGUGGAUAGUAUGUUACGAAGCGACUAA